CCUGGAGACAACAACUAUGGAACUCGAACAAAGUCUAGGUCAAUUAUUUGACCAUCCUUCUCAGCUGAGACUUGUGAAUGCAGCUGAACAGAUUCGAGUAUCCACAAAUGUCGAGAUGACCCUGACUGCCCUUACAUUCCUUCGUCUCAAGGCAAUGCAACUAGACACCGAAGCAAAGACAAAACUCAGCACCAUCUAUGCAGAGGGCCAAAAGGAUGUCAUCGAAAAGGAUCAGGAUGAAGCCGACCUGUGGUCCAGAAGUGUAUUCGACAAACAGCUCAAUCAGGCACUUGUCAUCAGCACAGAUGAUCUCAUCACAAUCGGAAAACAACAGCCACCCAAGGUUGCCCUGUCGACCACGGCUCUUAUCAUGGCUGGUGCGGAACAAGGUGUGCCGACCCUUUGCUACCUGGCCGGUAUUAUGUUGACCAAGGGAGUCGGCUGCGUUCCUGACAUCGACAGGGGUCUGGCAUUCCUAGAACGCGCCGGUGAACAGAAGCAGCCAGACGCUGCCUACGAAUUGGGCAGAUUCUAUAGCGACCGGUACAAUUACUCACGUCCGGAUCUCAAGCAGUCCCUGUACUGGUACCAGCGCGCUUACGAGAACGGUGACACCCGUGCCCUGGUCGAUCUGGCCUAUGGGUUCUCAGAGGGGGAUCUUGGACACGACGUCCCACGUGAUGACGAUCGGGCGUUCAGGUACGCUGAACAGGGAGCCAAGACCGAUGACAAGUACUGUCAAUAUAUCUUGGGCCACCUCUAUCUGAAAGGCCGUGGAGUCGUCCAGGACUCGGAGAAGGCUGUCCACUGGCUCAGUGCCUCAGCCGAACAGGGCUUUGCAGUAGCUCUCGAAGAAAUCUCCGCUAUUUAUCUCAAGGGUCAUGGCGAUGUCCCAAAGAACUAUCAGCUGGCACACGACUGGUGUCUCAAGGGUGUUUCGACAACAGCAUAUUGUCAGACUUCUCUAGGUGAUAUUUACCGAAACGGCUGGGGUGUGCAGCGGGAUUACCAAAAGGCUUUCCAGUACUACCAGACAGCUGCUAUCCAACCAGAUUCACCGCACCACUAUGCACAGCACAUGCUUGGAGAAAUGUUCCUUAAUGGUGAGGGUGUACCACAAGAUCUGGCGGUUGCUAGGGAAUGGUUCCAGAUUGCGUCAGGACAAGGUUAUGAACCAUCCCGGCUCAAACUUCAGAUCUUGGCUGCCACCAAGAGCAUUGUGCCCGCUGAGAGCUCGCCAAGAAACUCAUCCAGUCCAAACGGAUCGACCCGAUCCUCUUUGGCCGAUAUACCACCCACACCACAGCCUGUUCAAGAAAAGAGAAGCAGUCGAUGGUCAAUAGGUUUCUUUAACAAGAAGAAAACAUCAUCAUAAUAGUAACAGCAGCAACAAUAAAAAUAAAAAUAAAAAUAAAAAUAAUAAAAAUAAUAAUACUAAUACU